CAAACAUUGUAAAACAAAGGAAAAGCCUUGGAAUUUUCUCUUUCUUUGUACUUUCUUAGUUCUUCUUCUUCGAAGUCUCAAAAUCUUCUCUUUCUUUGCACCUUCUUAGUUCUUCUUCUUCUUAUAUAAUCAGUGCCUUUGUUUGCAUCUUAGAUAAUUUUUUAUUAGAGGUCAGAACUUUGGACCUAGGAAAAUGAAGAAAGUUGUGUUGAAGCUAAACUUACACGAUGACAAAGAUAAACAGAAGGCCAUGAAAGCAGUUUCCACCAUUUCAGGUAUUGAUUCAAUCGAUGUGAACAUGAAGGACCAAAAAAUGACUGUAACAGGGGAUAUAGACCCUGUGGUUGUUUGUUGCAAACUAAGAAAAGGUUGGUACGCUGAAAUUGUGUCUGUUGGGCCAGCAAAAGAGGAGAAGAAGAAAGAAGAGCCCAAGAAAGAAGAGACACCAAAAGUUUGCUAUCCUCCCAUGGUCUAUUACAUGCCAGUUCAUGAAGAAAAUCCAAAUAAUUGUGUCAUAUGCUGAGAGUGAGAUUUGAGAGAAACUAGUGAGAAAUGAAUGCUUAAUUUGGUGAUGAAUUUGAUAUAUUUUCUGAACCUAUAGGAAAUAAUGCUGAGUAUGGGGGGCUCUUGUGUAUAAUUGAACUUAAUUGUAUUAAUUAAUGGUCCAUAAAACUUAUUAUUGUGGACUUGAGAGAAAACAAUAAAUGAAUUUUGGAGUAGAA